AGCAAAUCGUUUUGGCUGGCGGGCUCGGAUAUGAUUACAGAAGGAACCUGGCUCUGGACCAAUGGAAACCCCGUUCCUAUGGGUUCACCUUUCUGGGGGGCCUCGAAUCCUGCUCCCUGGAUAGAGCCCUAUACGGACACUACCCUAAACUGCCUUGCUCUACUGGCCCCUGGAAGUCAUUACUUUAGGCCUGUGGACUGCCAAACCUUACAGUACCCACUGUGCAUGGCUACCUAGCCCAAUGGGUUAGGUAGUCACUUGCAGGGAGAAAUGGGGUCAUGUCGUCUACCUGGGGCCUCGACUAUAGCAUAUUACGUCUAUCUGGAAGCUUUACUUCUGCUGACCUCGACCACAGCAGCUCAACUGCAGAAGAUGUGGAAGCUUGUGCAGCUUAUACAUUACAUAAAUAAAUUGAUUAUAAUU